AUGCUUUCAACUUCAACGACAUAUAAAUCUCCUUCAACCGAAUUUUCCGAUCCACGGCUCUUUCCUCGUCUUGUUCUACGCCUCAUACACCUAGUUUUGGUAGAUUAUGGCCAUGCGUUCAUGGAUGGCACCGAAGUGGACGAUUCUGGUUUGCCGCUUAGUUAUCUCAAGCAGCAUGGCAAACGAGACAAUAGGGAAAGACAGUCUGAGAGGCGUCAUUCAAAAGAAGAAGAAGACCGGGGCUUUCAAGCCCAAGCGACUGCGUAUUCAAGCAUAAGUGGCAAACUGGGCAGGAUUAUCAAUCAUGAGCCCUCUUAUGCACUGACCCAGUUCGACACUUCACACGACUUUAGUGUAACCCCGACAACACGAAAAUUACUUGACGACAAUCUCGACAACUUGCCUAUCUACGUUCCUGAAACCGGACCAUCUCGGCUGGUUCCUGUAACUCGGGCAGAGCCAGGGAUCUUCCAAACGACUUUGACCAUUAGCAGUGAACGAGAAACCCCUCCUCCUCUUCUAGUCGAUACCACAUGGACUAGUUGCCUUCUUCGUCUCGUGGAAGAAGGAGUAAGCGAAUUUUAA